UCCUGCUGUCGGUUUUGACCAGGUGGUUAAGAUUUUCAAGGAGGAUUUUAACUGCCACCCCAAUGAUAUGUUCGAUGACUUUGAGUGGAACGCAGUAGCCUCGGCGAGUGUGGCUCAGGUUCAUCGGGCGAAACGAAAAGACGGAACUCCGGUUGCAGUCAAGGUGCAAAAGCCCGAGAUAAGAAAGCAGAUGGAUUGGGAUCUAUUGGCCUACAAGGCCUUGAUGAAUAUGUACGAACACGUUUUCGACCUUCCUCUUACAUGGUCGACUGAUUACACCGAAAGGCACCUGAGACAAGAAGGUCAUUUAGAACAUUUCAUGCUAGAGUUUUCUUGCAAUAUG